AUGUGCCCUUUGAAAGUUUGGAAGGUUUUGGUCAUAAAUAUGGAAAUGCAAACAUGCAAGGAUCUCGAACUCGCCCUUGAAUUAUUUGCAGAAAUAAUCUACGUGACGUGUGCGUUCUGCGCAUUAUUCUGCGUGUUCAUGAAGAAAGAUGCUCACAACAACCUGCAAGAAAAUGGUUCCUUGGCGUUUGCAUUGAAAUGCAAUAAAAUAUUCAACGAUGUAAUAAAUGACUUUUCGUGCAGCGAACAUGCCUUCUACAUUACAUUACAUACAGUCUGUUUGGACAACAAAGAAACAGAUAAUGAAGGAGGCCAAAUAAUGGCAGUUCAGUCCGUGGAGUCACAUCAUCUUCAGUCUCACGUGUGUGGUUCAGCAUUUUUAUCGAUGAUCAGACAAAUUUCUGUCUAA